AUUAGAUUAGAUUUUUUACAGAUGGGUUUUUCCAUUCCCACGCCUACUUUACUCCCAUUCGCUCCUGCUCACCACGCAUGCUUCACGCUCAUUGACUCCUGCUAACCACGCCUGCAUUACGCUCAUUGCUCCAUGCAUAAUGUCACGCAAUUCCGGCGCCACGCACUUCUGGUGUGACGCACUUCCGGGGUCACAGGUCACCAUCCAUCAAUCAUCCAUCAAUUAAAAAGUGACAGACAUCCAUAAUAAUUUGGGCCAGCAUGUAUGAUGAUUUGAGAUACACUUUCAGUAGUACCAAGACUUCUCUACUGGGGGUGAGAUGACAAUGGCGGACUGAAUCCUGACAGGCCUCAACUGACCCUGUGGGACCAAAAGCACACAGAACAUGUUGGAAAAAUGCUGAUAUCCAACAAUUUUGAAUGAAGAAGCCUGCUAAAAAGGAGAUCUAUGCCAUUUCUGGGAUCUAUCUAACAAGGGCGAGGUGGGAGACUUGGGGCGGACGGCCCGGGGGCUGGACAAGUGCGGAGCUGAGGGCCUCGGGGCUGAUCUCCGGAGGCCGGCGACGAAGACGGAAUCCUCCGGGAGGCCGGUGGCGAAGACCAAGAGUCUCUGGAGGCCGGCGGCGGACGCUGAACCUUCCGGGAGGCGUGCCCAUCCACCCAGGGACCAACGGCGGCACAGCGGGGCCGGGGACCGACAACGAGACGUCAGGACGGGGAGACGGCGACUGGAUACCAGGGCGUGGAGCCGGCGGGACAUCAAGACAGGGCGGCGAGGCGGCAGAGCCGGGAGCCGGCAACGGCGGGACACCAAGGCAGUGCGGCGAGGCGGCAGAGCCGGGAGCCGGUAGCAAGGCGGCUGGACAUGGAGCUUCUUGCUCUGGAGCAAGAAGCUGCUGCGAUCCAGCAGGGACUGGAGCAAGGGGCUGCUGCGACCCAGCAGGGACCGGAGCAAGGGGCUGCUGCGACCCAGCAGGGACCGGAGCAAGGGAACUGCUGCGAUCCAGCCGGGAAAGCAGUCGACUGCGAUCCAGCAGGGGGUCCAGGGGGCUGCUGAGGUCCGGCGGAGAGUCCAGGGUGCGGCUGAUAUCCAGCGGCAGCGACGACAGGGUGCGGCUGCGAUCCAGCGGCGGAGGCAAGGACAGGGUGCGGCUGCGAUCCAGCGGCGACAGGGAGCAAAGGCUGCCGCGAUCCAGCGGCGGAGGCGAGGACGGGGUGCGGCUGCGAUCCAGCGGCGGAGGCGAGGACGGGGUGCGGCUGCCAAGAGCUGGGUGGUGAGUCGGGAGACCUGCUGGGUUCCCUGAAUGAUUUGGGAAACCAUGGCCUGAUGGCUGUCUGUCAGAAACUGGAGUAAGUGUUCAUGCCGGCCUACCAGAAUCUCUCUGUUAGCCAGUGCUAAGUGGUAGGGUGCUACCUCCGGGUCUUUACCUGCUGGGUCCAUGUUUGGUCGGAUCAUUCUGUCGUGAGGCGAGGUGCUAUA